ACAGAUAAGUUUUUGUUGUACUCUAUAAACUGGGAGAUCAGAGGUACCGACCUUGAUCCAGACAAUGAAGAAAUAGAAGUUUUGACUCCCAUUCCAAAAGUGUCUGUAGCUGCAGCCAUUGACUUUGAUAUGGAACAUAUCUAUUGGGUUGACAGUGAAGCUGGGAGUAUCAGCCGAAUAAAGCGAGAUUUAACAGGGAGACAAACAGUGGUUCAUGGAAUUGACUCUGUUGCUGGUAUAGCAGCAGGAUUGGCAGUAGAUUGGAUUGCAGGAAAUAUCUAUUGGAUAGAUAUGUCCUAUGAUGUUAUCGAAGUGGCUCGUGUUAAUGGUAGCAAUCGUUAUGUGCUAAUAUAUGAAAACCUUGACAAGCCCAGAGUUAUUGUAGUUAAUCCCUUGAAAGGAUAUUUGUUCUGGAGUGAUUGGGGAUUUCUUCCAAGGAUUGAACGAGCCAACCUGGAUGGUACUGAAAGAACAGUGCUUGUCAAUACCUCUUUACAGAUGGUUGUUGACUUGGCCCUAGACCUUGAGAAAGCCAAACUAUACUGGUGUGACUCCCAUACUGACACCAUUGAACGUAUUAACCUAGAUGGAACUAAAAGAGAAGUUGUUCUCCAUGGUCAGGUGCUGAAAAAUGCUCUGGACAUAACAGUAUAUGGAAGCUACUUGUACUGGACAGACAUAGGAAAGGGUUCCAUAAUGCGAACAAAGAAGGAUUCCAAUGAAUCAAUUAUUUCCAUGAGGAACAAUCUUGGGAAUUCUUUGAAUGGUCUUCAGGUAUUCCACCAGAGAAAGCUAGGAGUGUCAAACAAGUGCCAAGUUAACAAUGGAGGCUGUCAGGAGUUGUGUUUAUAUAAAGGAAAUGGCAAACGUACGUGUGCAUGUGCUCAUGGAAAGAUUGCCAAGGAUGGACAGUCCUGUGAAUCUUAUUCAGCCUUCCUUCUAUUUUCCCAAGUUCUGAAAAUAGAGAGUGUGCAUUUGUUUGAAGAAACUAACCUUAAUGCUCCUUACCCAACCAUCUCAAACAAGAAGUUCAUGAGAAAUGUUAUUGGUUUAUCAUUUGAUUACAAAUUGCAGAAGAUCUUUUAUUCAGAUAUUCAGAAAGGAAGUAUCAACAGUGUUUUCUUCAAUGGAACAAACCAUACUGUACUUCUAGAAAAGCAAGGUUCUGUUGAAGGAUUGGCUUUUGACUCUAUUCAUAAGGAAUUAUAUUGGACCAGUCACCGGGAUGCUUCUGUCAGCCGUUUAAGUUUAAGAUCUCCUCAUGCUCGUCCUGAAGAAAUCAUCAAAUUAAGAUCAGAGGACAAGCCCCGGGGAAUUGACCUAGACAGUUGUGCUUUUCGAGUCUAUUGGACUAACUGGAACACGCAACAUCCUGCCAUCCAGAGAGCCUACCUAAGUGGAUAUGGACUUCAGUCUAUCAUUACCACUGACAUUAAGAUGCCUAAUGGUUUGACCAUUGACCACAAAGCACAAAAACUGUACUGGACAGAUGCCAGGCUGGAUAAGAUUGAACGAUGUAAUUUGGAUGGAAGUAGUCGUUCGGUUUUAAAGCUAGAAGAUCCUAAACAUCCAUUUGACCUAGCUGUGUAUGGAGACUACAUCUUUUGGACAGACUGGGUGGCUCAUGCUGUGCUGAGAGCAAACAAGUAUACUGGCGAAGAGGUCCAUAUAUUGCGGAAGAACAUUGCUCGACCAAUGGGAAUUACUGCUGUUGCCGAGGAUGCAAAUGAUUGCUCUCUGAAUCCAUGUCUUUCCAUGAAUGGAGGAUGUGAAGACAAAUGUAGUGUUGACAUAGACGGUACAGUUAACUGUUCUUGUUCUCCUGGAAAAAUCUUGCUUCCUGGAGGGAAACGCUGUGGUGUUAAACUAGCUAACUGCACAGAUACUGAGUUUGAGUGUGGAACUGGUGUAUGUAUUCCUUUUCAACUCACCUGUGAUGGUGUUGCUGAAUGUCCAGACAAGAGUGAUGAGAACAUAAAUUAUUGUGCUACCAGGACAUGUCAUACAGGGUUCUUUCACUGUUCCAAUAACCGUUGUGUUUCCAACAAGCUAAUCUGUGACAAAGAAGAUAACUGUGGAGAUUACUCUGAUGAAUCUAACUGUACUUGUAAUGAAGAUGAGUUCAAGUGUACACGAGGACCGUGUCUCAACAUUAGUUACCGCUGUGACCAGGAUCCAGACUGUCCAGAUGCUACUGAUGAAAUGAAUUGCACUCAACCAGAUUGCUCUCUUAGGGCUAGCAUGAACAUGGAGCUAGUAAAUUGUAAAUAUACAACAAACUGUAUAAGUCCUUCUUGGAUUUGUGAUGGCCACAAUGACUGUUGGGAUAACUCUGAUGAACAAGACUGCAGCCCAGCAUCAGAAGACUCACCUUGUCCAGGAAAUGCAUUCAAAUGUAACAAUGGUCUGUGCAUACCUCAGCUAUGGAGAUGUGACCGUGAUAAUGAUUGUAAUGAUGGCUAUAAUAGUACACUUAGUUCGGAUGAGGCAGAUUGUGAAUACAGAUGUAAGCCAAAUCAGUUUGCUUGUCUUAAUGGAGACUGCAUACCAUCAAUAUGGAGAUGUGAUGGUCACCUUGACUGUAAUGAUGGUGAUGAUGAGAAAGCAGACUGCAUGACUCGUCAGUGUGAAAAGACAGAAUUCAGGUGUAAUAAUUCUGGACAGUGCAUUCCUCACACCUGGGUAUGUGAUGGUGAGAAUGAUUGUGGGGAUUCAGCUGCAUCCGAUGAACAUCCACAGGAAGGCUGUCCAUCUAACACUUGUAAAUCCCAGGAGUUUCAGUGCAAGAACAUGCGCUGUAUUUUGAAGCAAUUCUAUUGUGAUGGUGAUAAUGAUUGUGGUGAUUUUUCUGAUGAGCCCAUUUCAUGUGUCCACAGACCCUGUAUUGAAGGAGAGUUUCAGUGUGAGAAUAAACGAUGUAUACCUAAGACAUGGAUGUGUAACGGUAUUAGUGACUGUGGUGACGGAUCUGAUGAGGACACCAGUCAUUGUGCAAAAAAUGUGACACAACCAGCAUGUGGUGAUGGGGAGUUUGAAUGUGAGAAUGAAGUGUGUAUUAAUUCUACUCUGUUAUGUGAUGGAGAGAAUAAUUGUGGAGACUUCUCUGAUGAACUCAAAUGUAACAUCAACGAAUGUGAAUCUGGUGAACUGUGUCCCCAUUUGUGUGAAGAUUUGCCUAUUGGUUAUAAGUGCAGUUGUUUUGAAGGCUACAGGCCUGUAGAAGAUGGAAAAAUUUGUGUUGACUUGGAUGAGUGCAAAGAAAAACACCCAUGUAGCCAUUAUUGUAGAAAUAUUGUUGGAUCAUAUGUCUGCUCUUGUGCUGAAGGAUACGUUGCUCGAAAUGAAGGUCAUUCUUGUAAAGCCAACAGCAGUAUGCAUCCCAAGUUAGUUUUCUCAAACUCUUACUACAUUCAUAAGAUAGACUUAGAAAACCACAGCACUGAACUUGUGGCUCAGAACCUGACUAAUGCUGUAGCUCUGGACUUUGAUUGGUCAGAAAAAUGCCUUUAUUGGUCUGAGGUUACCACCACUGGAAGUAGCAUUAACAGAAUGUGUAACAACCAAACUGUACCACAAGUUUUACAUAAGGUGACAGUUCAGAGUCCAGAUGGACUAGCAGUGGACUGGGUUGGAAGAAAUUUAUACUGGUGUGAUAAAGGCAAGGACACCAUUGAAGUAUCAAGACUAGAUGGCAAAUUCCGUAAAAUCUUGAUUCGUAAGCACCUUGAAGAACCUCGUGCCAUAGUUUUGGAUCCUUAUGCAGGAUAUAUGUAUUGGACAGACUGGGGUGAGAAGCCCUAUAUUGGGAAGGCUGGCAUGGAUGGUAGUAACCCUGAAAUCCUGGUGAACGAAUCACUAAAAUGGCCUAAUGGACUGACUAUGGAUUAUGAGACCAAGGAAAUAUUUUGGGCUGAUGCAAGUGAGGACUACAUUGCUGUUGCAGACUCAGAAGGAAAAAAUAAAAGAAUAGUAGCAAAAAGGAGCACCCUAGGUACAGCCCAUCAUAUCUUUGCUCUUUCUGUGUUUGAGGAUUAUCUUUAUUGGACUGACUGGGAAACCAAAAGUGUUGAGAGUUGCCACAAAUACUCGUGUCAGAAAACCAGAACUGUAUCAGUUCUAGCUCAUCGACCAAUGGACAUUCAAGUAUUUCACCCUCUGCGACAGAAACCAAUUAAAGGACUGAAUCCAUGUAAUAAUCAUGGAGGCUGUAGCACACUUUGUCUGUUGAAACCUGGUGGUGGAAGUGUUUGUUCUUGUCCAGAAAACUACAUUCUACAAGCUGAUUCUGUUUCUUGUGAAAGCAAUUGUUCCAGCUCCCAAUUUGUGUGUCCAUAUACAUACAAGUGUAUUCCUUCUUGGUGGCGCUGUGAUGGGCAAGAUGACUGUGGAGACAGGACAGAUGAACCUACAGACUGUCCACCCUUUAAAUGCAUACCUGGACAGUUUCAGUGUAAUAACAGCAAAUGUAUUCAACCUAGGGAACUCUGUGAUGGAAUCUCUCAGUGUGGUGACAAUUCAGAUGAAAAAAACUGUGACAACCACACAUGUCUACCAAGUCAGUUUAAAUGCCCAAGGUAUGGGAACUUUUCUUCACAGUGUAUCAAUCUUUCUCAACGAUGUAAUGGAGAAAAGGAUUGUCAUGGUGGUGAAGAUGAAGAUGAUUGUCCACCAAAAACUUGUUUAGCCAAUCAGUUCCAGUGUAACAAUUCCCGCUGUGUACCACAAGUGUAUGUUUGUGAUGGAGACAAUGACUGUCACGAUAUGUCUGAUGAACCUGCUUCAUGUGAGGUUCGGGUUUGUCCAGAAAAUUACUUUAGAUGUAAUUCUGGCCGCUGUAUUCCUCUCUCCUGGAAAUGUGAUGGUGACAAUGACUGCACUGACCAUGAGGAUGAACCUCCCUCCUGCUCAAAAACAUGUACCUCUCUAAACUAUUUCAAGUGCAAGAACAAUCGUUGUAUUCCCACAAAUUGGCGGUGUGACUUGGAUGAUGACUGUGGUGACUUUUCAGAUGAAGAAAACUGUCCACCAAGAGAAUGCUCUGAAGAGGAAUUUCAAUGUAAUGAUGGUCGCUGUUUCGAUGUAUCAAAGCAGUGUGAUGGAGAAGUAGAUUGUUUGGAUAGCAGUGAUGAGGCCAACUGUAAUAGUACAUGUAGUCCAACAGAGUUUCGUUGCAAUAUAAACAACUUCUGUAUACUGGGUAGCUGGCAGUGUGAUGGGGACAUUGACUGUUUUGAUGGUUCAGAUGAGGAAAACUGUGGUCAUCCUUGCAGACCUGAAGAAUUCACUUGUAAGAAUGGAAAUUGCAUUUUAUCGCUGUGGAAGUGUGAUGGUGAAAGUGAUUGUGUAGAUGGAUCUGAUGAGGAUGAAACACUCUGUGAAAAACAAGCCUGUCCACCUGGUAAAUUCCGUUGUAAGAAUAACAUCUGUAUUCUUGAGAGUCUAGUUUGUAAUGAGGAAGACAACUGUGGAGACAACUCUGAUGAAGAUGAAAAACUCUGUGCUCGCAGGAACCCAUGUGGCUCAAAGAAAUUCACUUGUGAUAAUGGCCAUUGCAUCGGACUGAGCCUAAAAUGUGAUGGUUCUGACAACUGUGGAGAUAACUCAGAUGAAAAAGACUGUGAUCCAUGUAGUUUUGGCACUUGUUCCCAAAUUUGUGCAGUUAAAAAGUCAGGAAAUUCUAGCUGUUCUUGUGCUGAAGGUUUUUAUCGUGUUGAAGGAAAUGAUGAUGGCUGUCGUGCGGAAGGUGAUCCACCUGUGUUACUGAUUGGCACUGAGGGUAUAUUGGGAUCGAUUAAUCCUCAUAAGGUUGACGGUUUCUCUGAACUGCUGGGAGUACCUUCUACUGUUAGCCGUGUGGAAUCCAUUGACCUGCACUUCAAGUCAGACCAAGUGGUCUUCUACUGGACAAAUACCCAUAAAAAAUCAAUUUAUAAAUAUAUCAAUCAUACUACUACUACUAUUAAAAGACUAAAGAGGGAAGACGAGUCUCAACCAAUUACUGUGCUUUCAGAGUUUUCUGAACCUCGUGGCAUUGCUGUGGACUGGGUGGGUGGCUACCUGUACUUCGUUGAUGCUGGCACAGACACUAUAUCAAUGGCAACUCUAGAUGGUUCUCAUCUGAGAACAUUGGUGACAACUGAGCUGGAUCAACCUCAUGACAUUGUGUUGGAUCCUUUACACGGAUAUAUGUAUUGGACAGACUGGGGUCUUGAUGCCAAGAUAGAAAGAGCACAGCUUGAUGGCUCAGAGAGGAUUACUUUUGUGAAGAAAAAUGUCCAGUGGCCUACAGGGUUAGCAAUAGAUUACCCUGCCAGAGUACUUUAUUGGACUGACCCAAAAGCUCGCACCAUUGAAUCUAUUCAUUUAGGAACCAAACAGAGAAACUUAGUGAAAAAAUUCUCAACAGAAAAACCAUUAAAGAUUGAAGUUUUUGAAGACUUCCUGUUUGUGACCACCUUACACCAAAACAGUGUGAUGCGUCUCAACAAAUUUGGUCGUGGAAAUAUCACAUACCUCAAAGCAUUUAGUGGGAAGAUUAAUGACAUACUGAUUUCACAAGAAAAGAAGCAAGACCCAACCUUGACCACUCCAUGUAAGAACAACACUUGUGGACAAGGAGCUCUGUGCAUGGCUAAAUCUUUCAAUCAAACUAUUUGCUUGUGUCCUAAUGGUAUGGUUGAAACACAAACUUCAGAAGGAAAGAUAGCCUGCACUGUUGUUCCCCCUACUCCUCAAUCAGGAAUAAUAAUAUGUAAGUUACGUUGUCUAAAUGGAGGAACAUGUGUACUUGGGACUAAUGACAGACCUUCAUGCAGUUGUCAACCUGAAUAUACUGGGAAACACUGUGAAAUAUUUCGUUGUUCUGGUUAUUGCAAAAAUAAAGGAUUCUGCUAUGCUGAUUUAUUACAUGAUACAUCACCAGGGAAAAAACCACCACUUCGGUGCAAUUGCCCUCCUCAGUGGACUGGAGAACGGUGUCAAGAUCCUUUGCACUCGUGUGAAAAGUAUUGUUUCAAUGGUGGCACCUGUCACUUGAAGUCGGGCAACCCAACAUGCACGUGCCCUCCUGAUUUUACAGGUGCACAGUGUUCCCACUGUAUGUCUUUUAGGUGUGAGAAUGGAGGGUACUGUGUAAAAUCAGGUGAUCAGCCUAGCUGUAAAUGCCUGUCAGGAUACAAGGGUGAUCACUGUGAACAUCAUGUAUGUAACCUGCCAUGUGAGAAUGGAAAGUGCACCGUGGAAAAGGGAGUUUCGCAAUGUGUGUGUAACCCUGGUUUUUCAGGAAAACUAUGUUCCCAGAGUACAUGCCAGAACUAUUGCUUAAAUGGAGGAACCUGCACUUAUAAAAAGAAAAAGCCUCAAUGUAGUUGCCAGAAAGGAUUUUUUGGUACUCGAUGUGAUCAAAACCACUGUGGUUGUCGGAAUGGAGGAAGUUGUGUUCCUAUCAAGACAGAGAACAAUGCAUAUCGGUGUCUUUGCACUUCAGGGUUUACUGGCUCCAAGUGUGAAACUUUUAGUGCUACUGCCUGUACUGAAACUAUAUGCCAGAAUGGUGGAACCUGUGAAAUAAUCAACAGAAAUCCUACGUGCAGAUGUGUAAAAGGAUGGACAGGACAGUUCUGUGAACACAUAACAGAUUCAGACCCAUGUUUGGGAGUCUGUCAACAUGGAGCAACCUGUCACCUUCCACCUCAACCAGAUAGGCCUCCAGUGUGUAGGUGUCUUCGGGGAUGGACUGGGCAGUACUGUGAACUAAGUACCAGUUGUCACAAUUUCUGUUUCAAUGGUGGUACUUGUUUAUCAUCUCUUAACAAUGAUGAGUUACCUAGUUGUCUGUGCCCUGAGAAUUUUGUUGGACUUCGUUGUGAGUCUCUCAAAGCAUUAGUUCCAUCCCAUGUAUCUAGUCAUGGUCAUGAAUCUGUCUUUACCCCAGGAAUCAUAGCAGCUAUAGUUAUUCCCCUGGCAGUCAUCCUUGUUUUGAUAUUCCUGAUACUGGCAGUAUGUGUUGUGUAUCGUCGCAGAAAAAGGCUUCCUUUUUUGCAUCGCAGAAUGCAGGAAAAUGCCAACAUUGAGAUUAACAACCCUGUGUACAUGAGAGGUGGGGUAGAAGAUGAGGCAACAGAAGCUCUAAAUGCUUCUUUCUCCAUAGAUCCAGAUAGUGGGCUGAAUUUCAGUAAUCCAGUUUACGAUUCCCAUUAUCCAGCAGUAGAAGAAAAAAAGAGUCUACUGCAAGGAGAAUAUGACAGGCAACCACUGGAUCAGGCUAAAGACAUAAGUCAUCCACUGGCCUAACUUCAAGCUCUAAUGCUCAGAAUUCUUCCUUAUUUUCAUGAUUGUUACAAGUUAAUAUAGUCACCAUAUCCAAUUCAGUUUUUAACUUUUAAGCCUACAGUUUAUAGCUAGGAUAAUUGCUCAUUGUAUGUGUUGGUCAUGAUGUUAGGAGAAAAAAAUGCAGGCAGCUCUUCCUCUUGAAGCUUUUUUGUAUUAAUACUAUUUUAUCUUUUAGGAACUUGUAUAAUUCAUGAGAUGUUGUUUGUUAUUCUAUAGUUAUGUAUAUAAUGUCUUCCAAAAGUUUCACAGAACCUAGAGUUAAGAAAGAAUUUCCUAAUUUUGUCUGCUUCAGUUCUGCUUCAGUAUUGUUGUUGUUUUUCUUUCAUGUGAGGAGCAGUAUAGCUCUUCUAGAGUCAUUUUAAACAUAUUUUUUAACUGAAUACAAAUUUCUUAAAUUUUUUGCCUUUUAUUUGAUGUUUUUAAGCACCUACCAGUGUGGCUAAUUACCAUGUGACAUUAUUGAGCAUCAACAAAAACAUUGGUGUGUCACACGGUAUUGUAUUUUUACCCAGGGAUGAAACUGUAUGAGAUGAAAGAUCUUCCUAGUAUCUGUCAUUUAAUUUGUUUAUUUGUUUUGUCUUGAAAUGUGACUUCAAAGUGCCAAAUGUAUCUGUGUUGGAACAAAUGACCCAAGUUUGGGUAAUUUCGAUUAUCAAGUGCUGUCUACAGCACUUCACAAAAUCUAUUGUUGUUAAUGUAUCUGUUCCAUGUUUUUGUAAUGUAGUUAGGUGCCACUACCCUGUGAGAUGUAUGGAAAGUUGUAUAAGGUAGUUCUUAUCCUGGCUGGAUAUACUGUCAUAGCGGGUGUGGGUGUGUUAAAAUACAUUUCAAGUGAUUUUUUUCUGAGAAAAUAAUACUGAGACAAAGUUGCGUGGUCUGUAGAGAAGGUUUAGUUUGAUUAUUUAGAAGAAAUUAAAGAGGGCAUUAUUGUUGUUGCUACUAAAAAGGCCACAGUUUGUUUGCUGAUGCCAAAAAAAUAACCAAUUGCUUUAGUCGAUUCAAAAGUCUGUAUCUUAAUCUGAAGUGACUGUAGUUAUUUUUUCUUUGUAUGGAACUUCAACAUGGUACAAUUUGAUCAGUAGUCUCACAGGAAGUAAGCAUUUCUUAUUCACAUCUAAACAUUUAACAGAUUCACUUAUAUACAACUAGUUGAGAACUUCUUAUUUUAGCAUACUGUCUAAAAGCACAAACAUUUUGAGUAUUUUGUUUCAGUCCUCAACCGUAAGUAUUUAUUGUUUCACCUACUAUGUAUGGUGAUUCAAGUGCUUGAAAAGUUUCAUCUACCUCUAAAAGAAUAGUAUUUACAUCAGGGCACAUCUGGAUUUACACAAAAGCCAAAAACAAUUUAAAUAUGUAUUUAGCACACAAUACUUAAUCUAUCACACAAUUGCAAAAAUACAUAGGAGUAUCUAUCUAAUAAAAAACUAAACAUGGUAUUGUACAUAUAAUACAUCAAAUAUACACAGAAUCAUAUACCUAACAUUAGUAUUUAAACACAGUAUUGUACUUACAAGGCAAUUUAGAUCAAGCUGAAGAACGUUUACCUAGCAGUAGUAACUAAACACAGAAAAAUAACUUGAAUUCAGUACAGGAGUAUCUAUAUAACAAUAGUAAUUAACACAAUAUUGUAUCAGUUAAACAACUGGAAUUAUACACAGAAUCAUCCACCUAGUAGUAGCAAUUCAAAUGCAAUAAUGUAUAUUAAAGAAGUGGAAUACAAAUGCCAAACAAAUGAUGUAGAGGAACACCUACAUAAAAGUAACUAACAAUUAUUAUUUCUAUUCAGAAAUGGAAAAUACAUACUUACGAGAACUGUUCUUGGUGGUGUUUUCAGUUAUUAUAAGUGAUCUAAAUGAUGUUAAUUAACACAGUUUUUUAUGUAUGUUACCAACAUAAAAGAGAUUAUAACUAGUAAAUAACUACUUAGUUUGUUAUGUGGUUUAUCUUUAACAAAGCUGUUUACUUAAUUAAUUUGUAGUAGAAUUUGUUUGUAAAUUCCAGUGAUGAAUGAGAGGAAUGUAAUCUUGUCCAAAUGAAAACUGAAAUAUUUCGUAUCUGCUACAUGUGUAUAUAGGGACUUUGGAAUGACUGAAUUUUGUGCAUAUACCGAUUUCUCUUUGAAUACUAUUUGCCAAUUUCAAAUCAAUAAUAUAAUCAGUCCUAUUUUGACAUUUUUAUAUAUAUAUUUUUUUUUAUUUACAUAAAUGUGUAAAAACACUAAUGUGCUGAAAUCUGUUUUUAGUCAGACCUUGGCAUGUACAGUUGUAUUAAGAAUUGAAGAAUUCGAAAGCCCAGGGUAACAGGGUAUCCCAUUGAUCUUGCCACCACAACCUUCAACCACAAGCUUGAAGAGUUCUAUAAAUAGUUAAUCAUCAGUGUUAUUAGUUGGAUCAGAUUGUACAGCAUUGUUUAGGGAUUAAAUGUAUGAUUUUGUGCAAGAA